UUGGUUUUUGUUUGUUUGUUUCUUAUCUCUUUUGAUUCAGUGAGUGAGUUUUAAACGCAUAUUCACAAUCGCAGAUGGGGGAUGGGAAGGUGAAUCGUGGGUGAUUAAUUGAUACAAAUUUGCUUUUUGGUGGAGAGAACCUGAUGCCCUUAUGAUGUUUUAGUGGGUGGUGCUGUUUUUCUCCCUUAACAUUCAUUCACAUAUAUUCAUUUUCAUAUACACUCUUCUCUCUCUGAAAGACUUCACUUUUCUUCUUAUUUUCUCCCCCAAAAUCAUCCAUAUCCAUACUUCUCUUUAUUAAAGUUACAAGGUAAAUUAUAUGGAUGAAGAUUCAAGUGGUGGUGUUUUUAAUUGAUAUAGUUGUUCUUCUUCCGCUGUUUCUGCAUCUGUUGCUUUAACUUGGUGGUGGGGUUUAGCGUGAUAAAAGAGGCCUAGUUUUCUAUAUGCUGAGGGCUAAGAAGUUAAAAGAUAAGGUCCAGUUGUGGAGUAGUGUUACUAGAAGAAGAAGAGCUUGUGACUGUUUCACCAACAGCACAAGAAGAGUGAAGCUUUUCUUCAGAUGUUAUCCGUUGAAAACCCUCCAUCAGAUCCCUCAUGUUCUUGUCAAUUCUCACAACUAAAUACCGCUCACAGUGAUGAUUCGCCUUCUCAUAAGCUUGACGUAGAUCUGCUUAACCCAUCUCCUCCUCGUCCUCAUCAUCUUCCCAAAUUCUCCAUAAGAGAUUAUGUGUUCACUUCUCGGGGAAAAGAUAUCAAGAAGAAUUGGCCUUUCUCUCUGAAAAAUUUGCAACUUUGUUUAAAACAUGGCGUGAAAGAUGUAUUGCCACCAUUUCAGGAAAUUGGCGCAGUAAAAACUCAAGUCACCAAGAGAUGGACGGUUGUCACUGGUUCAGUUGAAAAGAAAAGCAUAAGUCAUUUUGAUGGGGAGCCUGGUUCUGGGCCCAACAAUAAUGAGGUUUUAGAUUCAGCUGAUGAUGUUCAGUUGAAGCAUAAGCUUGAAAACGCUUGCAUAAACACAAGUUCAUGCAGAUCUGCAGGAGAGAAUGAUUUCCCAUCCACAACAACAAGUGUUUCUCAAUCAGAAAUAGAGUCUGUUCCUACUAAAAGGCCAACUAGUUCACUGCCGGAAGCUGACACUUCGUUGGAAGCUUCAGCCUCGGCCUCCGCCUCAGCCACUGUUGAAGUUGAAGCAGAUCAUCCUACAUUCCAUAAGACUGAAAACACUACCCGACCCCCAGGAAAAAAGUGCAGAUUGAUUGUAAAGUUUAGUGGCAAUUCUGAUCGUAGCUCAACCGAAGAUAUUGCUUCAAAUUCUACCGCUGUAUCUGAAACAAUGGCUUCAAAAGUUUGCCCUGUUUGCAAAAUUUUCACAUCCUCAUCAAAUACCACCUUGAAUGCACACAUUGAUCAGUGCCUAUCUGCAGAGUCGACUCCCAAGUGGACAGCAGAUUCUAGGGUUACCAGGCAUAGAAUUAAGCAAAGAAAGACGAGACUGAUGGUGGAUAUAUAUUCUACAGCUCGAAGGUGUACUUUAGAAGAGCUUGAUAGAAGAAAUGGCACAAGCUGGGCCUCUAUUUCAAGCUUGCCUGCUCAGGAUUCCAAGAAGCUUGAUGUACCAGCUGAAGUGAAAAGGCAAAGAGUGUCUCAGGUACAUCCUGAGGAUGCUAGUGAAGUAGGUGAAGUUUAUAUUGAUGCCAAUGGAACCAAACUUCGGAUUUUAUCCAAGUCUAGUGAUGCACCAGUUGUGUCAAAAGUAUUGGAGGAUCUGCCACCAAAGAAUCCUUUGAAAGGAGGUAAAGGAAGCAAACUCCUAUCAAUCAAAAAGAAAAAGAGGCAUGCUAGGAAACAUCUCAAGUAUCUGAAACUUUCUCCUCAAAGCAGAAAAUUUUUCUCUCACAAAUCUCGUACUUCUCAGAUAUCUGGUGGUGAUGAUGGGUAUAAUGUGGUGGAAGAAAACAGCAGGGAGAAACAAGAGAUACAAAAGAAAAUCAGAUUCAGAGAUUCUGGAACUUUGAGGCAGUGGGUAUGCUCUAAGCGAAGGGGUCUGGCAAAGAAAGCCAAUAAUCAAGGUGUCAAUCAACCUUUCAGAUGUAAAUGGCAUUUGGCUUGGGACUUGCUGGUAGAGAAUGAUGAGCCACAUGUUAGUGAAACUUUAGCAGACAGAAAUCGUGUUCAGAAAUAUGCAAAUUUGUCCGAGAAUCUGUUGUCUUCUCCAUCAACUAGUGAGAAGGUGGAGAAUUCUUUUUAUAAUUCAAAAGUUAGUGACAGAUCGGAGUAUUCUUCUGGAAGAAAGAGAGUAGGAAGUUUGUCCUUUGGAGCCAGGAUAAGUGGCAACAUGGAAAGGUCACUUCAACAGAUAAACCAUAAUGACAAUCGGUUGAGUGAAGAUAACCCUUUCAUAAAUGGCAGCAAUACAUUUGAAGCUUCUAAUUCUGCUAACAAUUGUGUAUCUUCAGUGAACAACAAGAGAGUUAGUAGUCAUGGAGACUCAGAUAAUAAUUCUGAUAUCCUUCCUAGUGCAAGCACAGCACCAUCAUUGACUAAUGCAUUUGCAGCAUCAAAAGCAUUGAGAACAAUGUUGAGGAAAAAGGCAUCUUCCUUUAUCUGCCAGGUGUCUGUAACUAAAUCCAAACCUCAUAAUGACAAGGAAUAUUCUACACGAAAGAAGAAGCAAAUGGAUCAAAUUGGAGAAGUAGAUGAAGAGGUAGCAGCUUGGCAUUCUGAGGUUGAUCAACGAUAUGCUUUAAUGCACAAUGGUACUGAUGAACAUCUUGGAAGAAAAGAGAUAACUGAAAAUAUGUCUUUGGGAGUCGUACUGUACUGGAAAGCAAGCAAGAUAUAG